AUGCGGAUACAUUUCCUACAGUCUAAGGUCGAUCUUCAAAUUUGUUUUCGAGAUGUCUCUUCACAAUAUGAAUGUGAAGAUGUCCAUGUUCAGUUGUAUUCCCAAGAAACACACGUUCAACAUGAUGGCUUCCGCUAUGCGCAGGCCAUUUGCGAAAGUGCAGGAUCUGAUGCUUCGAUUCGCAUCAUGAAGAACUGGAUUGAUCGCUGCCGUAUGACCCAUCAGCAUGCAGAAUCAAAGCAAGGUUGGAAGCCUACACGUUUGAUACAGCUAGCAAAAGGCGAAGAAGAAAGUGCUAAAUUGUACUCGCCAAAAGCCUCGGUAGAUUUUGCUGCGCUCUCUUACCGUUGGGGGCCAGGCAAGCAUUCCCAGACAACGAAAGCGAACCUCGCCAAACGUAGGGAGAAACUGGAAACAUCAGACUUUCCAAAGACUCUGCAAGAUGCAAUUCUGGUUACUAAAAAAUUGGGUUUAGAGUAUCUCUGGAUCGAUCGAAUCUGCAUUGUCCAAGAUGACAAAGAGGACUGGGCGCACGAGGCAUCUCUUAUGGCCGAUGUUUACGAAAGUGCGUACGUCGUCCUAUCAGCAACAGCUACUAAGGAUUGUAAAGACGGCUUUUUGAAAACUAGGGAAAAACCUCUAGUCAUUCCAUACACACACAUAGACCCGUGGACUCGGAAGACCUCGAACCGUAAAGUGCAUGCAAGACAAAUCGGAAGCCACCAUUGUCAACGAUCUGCACCGAAGACCAACUACAUACUGUUCCAGCGGGGAUGGUGUAUGCAGGAGAGGUUUCUAGCUCGUCGAGUAGUUCAUUUUCUCCCAGAUGAGAUCCUAUUUGAAUGCCAGGAUGGACGUGAAUGCGAGUGUGGCGCCGCCUGCAAAGAGAACGAGGUCUCCGGCGAUUAUACAACAUUAGCGUAUAAUUCUUUCCAACGGAUGCGGUACCUCCCGGAUGAAUACAGAAGGCCAUUCGGGUUGGAUUGGUUGGACAUAAUACGGGAAUAUAGCAAGAUGGUGCUCACGUAUGGAGAGGAUUCUCUUCCGGCGCUUUCAGGUUUGGCAGCACGUGUGGAACACUUGAAGCCUGGCAAAUACAUCGCAGGGCUCUGGCAGCGAGAUAUCGCAUUCCAAAUGGGGUGGUAUCUGGACCCAAAUUCUAGUAUGCGACGCUGGAACCAUCUCGGGAAUGUGGAUGUUUUGGGUCCUACGUUCUCCUGGAGCUCGCACGCGCAACCUAUAAGGAACGAAGGCCUUCUGACUCCACGGGCUAUAUGCACUUUGAAACGCUCUGUAGUGUCUCUAGCUACACCUAAUCCCUACGGUCGAGUCCGGUAUGCGUCCCUUUGCUUUAGCGGACGGAUGGUGACGGGAGAGGAAGUUGGGUCAAAGAUCACCAUGCGCUCAUCCUUAGGAUAUGCUGGUGGCGUACGCUUGGACUCGAAUUUGGAAUACAGUACUGCUGCCGAUGACCCGAACUACGGACCACACAAAUCGGUGUUACAAGGUGCUGGGAUCAGGCAGAAUUGA